AUGAAGAAGGUAUUCUGCAGGACCCUCAAUUUUGGCAAGAAAAUUGGAAAAGAUCCUCUUUACCAGCCGCCAGCUCUAGAAUCUCCUCCUUCACCGACAAAGGUGCUCAAAGAUGCUUCGACGAGCACCUCUUUGGAUCCGAUGGAAAUCAUCAUCGUCAAGAAAUCGGAAGUUUUCGACCUCCUAGACGAUGAUGGCUUCGGCGAGGAUGAAACAUCAAGCCUUCCUCUUUCCAAUGACUCAUCCACAGACGCAUCUGACUUUUCAGAAGAAGAAAUCGACGAGGAAGAAACAGAAACGUCUUUGAGUCAUGAAAAGAAACGGUCGAAAAGUCCAGAUUCCGAGAGCGCGACGCUUUUAGCUUCGUCAAUGACAGAUGAUGAUUUCUGCUGCUCUGAUCUUCUUCUGCUUCAGGGCGAAGAGCUUCAGCCAGACACAGAAGAAACGGUGCAGGGAAUGCAGAAGAAUGAUAAGGAAAAGACUGAAGUGGAGAAAAGUGAGCCUGACGUUGUUGAAGCUGAUGAAAUCAACGAUAAGAAAGAGCUCGAAAAUGCUGAUCUGGAAGAAAACGCACCGAAGAUUGUAAAAAUUCAAAAAUCUUCUAGGAAAGACAUCAAAAUCGUCGAAGAAACGAGUCUUACAGAAUCAACCGAAGCUUCAUCAACGGAAAAAGACCAAGAAAAACUGAUGCCGCACGAGCCAGAAAUACCGAAUUCGCUUUCUGCUCUGAAGAAGAUUUCGGAAAAACUUUCCUUAGAAGAAACUUCCAACGAGUCACAGAGAUCUUCUUUCAAUAAUCCGCAAUUUCAAAAGCCGAAAAGACUGAAAAACUUCCGGAAAAACUCGACAUCAAUGAGCUCACCCCCGAAAACUCCUCAAAAAUCACCGGGAAAUCUCGAAUCAUGGCUCAAUCUCUUUCCGCUCUCGAUUCAAUCGACUCCAGCAACAAUCAAAAACGAAAGACCUCGACUUCUAUCCUUCCCAAAUACGCGCCAGUCCAUCCUGCUCUUCGCCGAAUGGAAUCAACUUCCAGCUUUGUUUCGCUAA